AUGAAACGAAACGAAAUUCGCCCUGCUCAUUUAUCAUAUCUUCGUCAACAUUCAAAGCAAAAUGAUGGCAAUGUUGAAUUCAAAGUGGCUGAAUCAUUAAAUGGUAAGAGUUUUUAUUGGCCUUUAACAACACAACAAGAUGAAAUGAUACAAUUCAUGCAAGAAGAUCCAUAUUACACAGAAGGACUUGUUCAUGAUGUAACCAUCUAUCCACGUACAAUUAUUGAGAAAAUUUCAUUAUAA